AUGGAAGUUGGUCUGUUAUGGCGUAAAGACGACGUACGCUUUCCAGACAGCUAUCAAAUGGCUUUGAGCAGACUGAGAGGACUAGAGAAACGGUUGGCAAAGGAUUCGGUUCUACGAAAUAAAGUUAACGAGCAACUCGAGAGCUUUGUACGGAAACAGUAUGUCCGUGUAUUAUCCCCGGAAGAAUUGGAAAACACAGAUCCUUUCCGGAGAUGGUAUCUCCCUCUGGGAAUAGUUACGAAUCCUAAAAAACCAAACAAAAUUAGAAUGGUGUGGGAUGCAGCAGCAAAGGUCGGAGGAGUGUGCUUCAACGAUAUGUUGCUCAAAGGGCCAGACCUUCUCGUUCCGGUCGUGGAUGUACUUCUACGGUUCAGAGAAGGUAAGAUAGCCGUCUGCUCUGAAAUCCGCGAAAUGUUUUUGAGAAUACUCAUACGGGAGGAAGACAGCCGUUCGCAGUGUUUUCUGUGGCGCAACGACCCGGAAGAAGAUGUACAGGUAUAUGUAAUCAACGUGGCUAUGUUUGGAGCAACCAGCUCGCCUUGUACGGCGCAAUAUGCGAAGAACAGAAAUGCCCUCGACUUUGCAGAAGAAUAUACCAGAGCAGUAGACGCGAUCGUUAAAGGACACUACGUGGACGACUUCUUGGACAGUGUCAAUUCCGUGGAUGAAGCAGUUCAAUUAGUCACACAAGUUCAGAAUAUCCAUGCAUCCGCCGGAUUUCAUUUCGGAAAGAUUCUUUCAAACUCGUCGGAUGUUCUAGAUCGUCUGGGAGAGGCCAGUUCAUCAACCAUCAAGUCGCUGAACCUCGAUAAAGAUGCGGUCUACGAACGCGUUCUGGGAGUAGUGUGGAUUCCAUCUGCCGACCACUUCACCUUUGAUCGGACAGGACUUGAAGAAGUUCUGGGAAGCAAUCCGGCGGCGCCUACCAAAAGGCAAGUACUCCGAACAGUAAUGAAGCUGUAUGACCCCUUGGGCUUUGUCGCGCAUUUUGUUGUACAUGGCAAAAUUUUGAUGCAGGAGAUCUGGCGGUCGGGGACAAAUUGGGACGAACCUAUAGCAGAACAUCUACGAGAACUAUGGAUUAAGUGGAUUGCACUUUACGAAAGCAUCAAUGAAGUAGCAAUUCCUCGCUGCUUCUUCGGAGACCUUCAGCCGCAACACGUAGAUGAAAUUGAAAUUCACGUGUUCACGGACGCAAGUAUAGCGGCGUGCGCAUGCGUAGCCUAUUUGAGAAUGGCGCACAACGGAGGUAGCUGGUGUUCAAUGAUAGCUGCAAAAACCAAAGUAGCGCCCCUUCGGACACUUUCAGUCCCUCGGCUGGAGCUCCAAGCUGCCAUGAUGGGAGCGCGUCUGCUGCAAAACAUCUGUAGGGCUCUCACUUGAAACGAAUCGUCAAUAUGACAGUGCCGGGCCGACUCAGGACACAAGAGACUCCGGCAAUCCCAGGGUCGGCUAGCUACUGGGUAAUCAAGGGCACUUUCGCGAUACAAAAACUAAUAACACAGAUCCUUCACAUUACUUACAUAUUUAUUAAAUGUCCUAAUUUGUGGCGUGUGCGUGUUGUUCUGUGUUAUAAAGUGUAUAAUUUGUUAUGUGUAACCUAAUCUACUCGUACCGGUACAUACCGCUGCUGUUUGAUGUUGGUGGGUUCGUUGGCCGACACAGCGACUCCUGUCCAGCUGUGCGGCCGGAAAUCUCGCCGGAUGACGAGGCGAGCGGGGCCGGUACUCGGCCGACGGGUCCAGCGGGCGUUGCUGGGGGGGGGGGGGGGGGAUGCAGGCGUCUUCCCUCUUGGACGCAAUCGGCCGGCCGUGGACUAACCACCUUGGACGGCCGAGAGGGGAAAUCUCCUAUACGUUUAGGGCUUUUGCCCGAGAUUGUCCUUCUUGGAGGACGAAAACCUUAACAGUUAGGCGCGGGAACCGUUCCCGGUUCCACGGGCCGAGCCGUGUGCUGGACGGUAGACCUUUUUGAGGUCCAAACAAAAGAGGUCCUAUUGAACGGGACAUGCACUUUAAAAGAAGGUCUAAAUUAAGCGCAGGGAUUCAAUUUACCUGAACAGGUUUCUUCCCAGACAUCCACUUGACCAACGUCAAGGGAGGGGGUUGGUAUUUUGGUUCUCAAACCGAAUUUAACCACUGCACUACAAAACACGUCUUCAGCACACGGACGCCUGAGUUUUUUAAAGAGGCCAAAUUUAGGCAAUGGCCGCUAAAAUCCUAAUUUCCCACAUUCCGUCAUUCUCUUCAUGUUCUGUCUAUUAAUUAGUUCAGCCAUACUCAAUUUUUGGUAGCAGCAACACAAUUACAGCGGUACGGGACCCUAUCACUACUGUGGUACUCUACUGUUAUUACACAAGAAACGUGAAGGGUCCGACACUUACAACAUUUACAAAACAAAAAUCCACAAUCCUGUAACCAAACGGUUACACACUCUCAAUAUUCGGAGGCGAUUCUUGUGGACUGAUUCAUCUACAGUUUUGGCGUGGAUUCGGUCGGACGGUAGGCGAUAUCACCAGUUUGUCUCUUUCCGUGUUGGCGAAAUUCUUUCGCUCACUAGCGUUGAUGAAUGGAAUUAUGUUCCGUCGAAAAUGAACGUUGCUGAUAACGCUACUAAGUGGAACGCUGGCCCAUCCUUCGAUCCUGAUAGCCGAUGGUUUAAGGGUCCAUAUUUCCUGCGAGAGCCGAAGGAGCGGUGGCCGAGGGAACCAGCAAAAGAGGUAUCCGAAACCGAGGCAGCGAGCGAAGAGGUACAUAUUGUAGCUGUCCACCAAAAGAUCGAGGAGUUAUUUGAAGUUGGACGUUUUUCGAGCUGGAAUCGUCUAAUCCGGACGAUGGCACAGGUGUACCGGGCAGUAAAGGUAUGGAAGCGCUUUCUGGGUCGAGAAAAGUGUAGCUCCCUACUAGAUCGAGAUGACUUCGUGAAAGCAGAAGAAGCAAUCUGGCGGCAAGCACAGGCUAGCGCAUACCCUGAGGAGAUUCGAGAGUUGAAGAAUGGAUGCAGAGUUCAAAAACGAAGUCCGUUGCAUACAUUGUCCCCAGUUCUUGAUGAGCAUGGUGUUAUAAGGAUGGAUAGUCGGAUCAGCAGUGCUCCACAUGUUCCGUAUGCUACUAGAUACCCUGUAUUACUUCCAAGAGAGCAUCGCAUAACUUAUCUUCUUGUGCACGAAUUCCAUAAACGAUUUCUCCACGCGAACGGCGAAACAGUCUGUAAUGAACUACGACAGCAGUUUUAUGUACCGAAGCUUCGGGUACUCGUACGGAAAGUGAGCCGAGAGUGUCAGCACUGUAAAAUACAAAGGGCUAGACCAGUACCACCACUGAUGGCUCCGUUGCCAAAAGUACGUCUAACGCCCUUCAUUCGACCCUUCACAUUCGUGGGCGUCGAUUAUAUGGGACCGUUCCUGGUCAAGAUUGGGCGCAGUAGCGUUAAACGGUGGAUUUGUCUCUUCACCUGUUUAACAAUUCGCGCAAUUCAUCUGGAGCUGGUACAUAGCCUUUCAACAGCCUCAUGUAUAAUGACUUUCCGGAGAUUCGUGGCUAGAAGGGGUGCACCUUCGGAGGUCUUCUCGGACAAUGGCACCAACUUUGUGGGUGCUAAUCGGCAGUUAGCGGAGGAAAAGAGGAAGCUCGAUAAGAUAAACGAGGGUUGUGCAUCCACGUUCACCAAUGCGCAAACUCAAUGGCAUUUCAACGUUCCAGUUGCCCCACAUGGGAGGUCCAUGGGAACGCAUGGUACGAUCCGUCAAAGUGGCGAUGCGAGCUAUAUCGGAUAAUCCUCGGCAUCCCAGCGACGAAGUGAUAGAAACUAUUAUGUUAGAGGCUGAAGCGAUUGUAAAUUCUCGUCCACUAACCUACGUACCACUUGAGGACGUACACCAAGACGCACUUACACCAAAUCAUUUUUUGAUGUACGGAUCGACUGGCAUUAAGCAACCUACAACGAAGCCUGAUUGUGAUGGAAACGUACUCCGGGACAGUUAUAAAUUGACACAACGUAUCGUGGACGGUUUCUGGAGCAGAUGGACGCGGGAGUAUCUUCCGAUGUUGACGAGACGAACAAAAUGGUUUGAACCAACAAAACCCUUGGAACCUGGAGACUUGGUAGUAGUUGUUGACGAGAAUUCGAGGAACAGCUGGGAAAGAGGCCGAAUUUUGGAGACGUAUCCAGACAAAUCAGGACAAGUGCGGCGAGCAAAAAUACAAACAUCUAGAGGAGUCUUCAGCAGACCUGCUGUGAAGCUGGCAGUUCUCGACGUUGCCGUUCAGGAUAAGAACCUGGAAGAUAUCCCUAGGGAAUCGGAAGUAGUUCACGGGGCGGGGAAUGUUGGCGGUACCCCUCGUUGCGGCACGCAGAGAGUGAAGCAACUUACCGUUCCCUCGGACGAGUCGGUGUAAAGAUGCGGGUUGACAGAAUUCGUAUGUCACUGUCAGAAUUCGUUUAUCAGAACCUGUAUCAUGAAUCAGCAAUAAUAUUGAACUAUAUCCACGAGUGAGUUGUUGCAAUAGUUGGUUUUUCGAAAGUUUAAAUAUUGGAUUCCUAAGUAGCUCAUUAGUAGUCGUGCGUGAAUUAAAGCUGAAUUUAGGGUACGUUUUGCCUGAAAUGAAAACAUUAUACUCACCUUAACCUUGAAUCAUACCUGUACCUGUAGAUUUCCCGUUAAUUGAUGAUCGUCGAUAAGAUUGUCCUUCGCGGUAGAUUGUCCGCAGUUGGCAGUAAAACACUGAAAUUGUAAGAAACCCCUCAUACUUACCCAAAGACAUUAUUAAUGAUUGACUUAAUAAAUUACAGCCUUGUAGCUGCUUAAUAGCAACUCACAAGACGGUGUUUUUUCUGAAAUUGGGAACACCUAUCCUCUAUCCUAAUCUUCUACUCCACUCCCUCUACACUAUCAUUCACCCAGACCCUCUACCCGACCGUCUGCUCCACCUUUUAUCCUACCCGCUACCCUUUAGAUACGCAUAUUGCAUGGUAUUAUAGCUCAAACUACCAUUCCGUGGCCACUAACUUGGUUAUGGUCCGCCAUCUUGGGGUUCAAAAUGGCGUCGGAUAUUCAUUUUUGAGUUCUACUCAUGAAGCCCGAUCGAUAGAUACCCAUAUUGCAUGGUUUCAUAGUCCAAACACUCAUUCUGUGGCCGCCAUUUUGGAUAUGGGCCGCCAUCUUGGAUUUCUAAACAGAGUCAAAUAUUGUUUUUUUUGACUUCUACUGAUGAAGCCCGAUCGAUAGAUACCCAUAUUGCAUAGUAUCAUAGCUCAAACUACCAUUCCUUGGUCGCCAUCUUGGAUAUGGUCCGCCAUCUUGAAUUUCAAAAUGGCGCAAAAUAUCGAUUUUUACUUCUACUCAUCAUGCCCGAUCGAUAGAUACCCAUAUUGCAUGGUAUUAUAGAUCAAACUACCAUUCCGUGGCCGCCAUCUUGGAUAUGAUCCGCCAUCUUGGAUUUCAAAAUGGCGUUAAAUAUCGAUUUUCUACUUCUACUCAUCAUGCCCGAUCGAUCGAUACUCAUAUUUCAUGGUACAGUAUUGUUCCGAUUUUAUCACGCCCCUUUUCAAAAGUGCUUUUAAAUAUUCUUCAAAACCUAUUCGCAGUUCCAAUAUUUUUAAAGUUGCAAAACGCACCUUCAGCAUUCAUCUUGAAGAAAUGGGGAAACACUUGCAUUCAUAUGUAACAGUAAAUUAAUGAAAAAUGAAGGACUGACGCGUGGAGGGCGUGAUAAAAUCGGAACAUAACUGUAUUAUAAAUCAAACUACUAUUCCGUGGCCGCCAUCUUGAAUAUGGUCCGCCAUCUUGGAUUUCAAAAUGGCGUUAAAUAUUGUUUUUUUACUUCUACUCAUCAUGCCCGAUCGAUCGAUACCCAUGUUGCAUGGUAUCAUAGCUCAAACUACCAUUCCGUGGCCGCCAUCUUGGAUAUGUUCCGCCAUCUUGGAUUUCAAAAUGGCGUUAAAUAUCGAUAUUUGAUUUCUACUCAUCAAGCCCGAUCGAUAGAUACCCAUAUUGCAUGGUAUCAUAGAUCAAACUGUAUUUUCAUAGCCGCCAUAUUGGAUAUGGUCCGCCAUCUUUGAUUUCAAAAUGGCGUCGGAUAUUAAUUGUUGAGUUCUACUUGUGAAACCCGAUCGAUAGAUACCCAUAUUGCAUAGUAUCCGAAGCAGCAUUGUCGUUAAAAAGCAUAUAUUCUGAAGUUUUGACCGCCAUCUUGGAACCUAAGCCGCCAUCUUGAAUUUAAAUAUCCUUGCUACCACCUCCACAUCCUAAGGAAUGUGUGAUUAACAACUCUGCCGAAGAAAUGAACUGUAAAUUAUUAACCAUUGUCAAGAUUCCAGGGAAAUAACUUUUUUUUCGCAUUGGAAAUGAUGCUCACAGAUCGUGACAAUUUGCAUUCUUUGCAGCACCUUUGCGCCACCUAGUGAACCAGUCACAAACUAUAUUGUCCACUGUGAGCAAGGUAUGGGUGUGGAGAACAUCUUCUCUGAAGAAAGUAUUCUAAAAUUUUGCAUAAUUCUGGAGAUAUUCACAUCAAAAGGACUGUCCUAUUUAUAGGACGCUGGGCGUUCGGGGCAUCUGUCCUAUAAAUAGGACGCUGGGCGGAUAUGGGUUAAUUUCACGUACAAUAAAUUUCUAAAUAACUAGGUCUAUGUUGUUCUUUCAUGUUGUCUUCUUGGAACAAAGAAGCUAUCUAAUUUUUGUUUUUUUUAUCAAAAUAUCUCACGCUUUAUUCCAGCGCAAAGUCAACAGUAGAGCCGGUCUUGAGAGAUGUUAUUUUACCCGCAGAGGUCUUCUUUCACCGCGUGCACGAAAUUGCUGUACUCUACCUAGUUCCCUGCUGAAUAUUGUUUUGGCUAUUAUUUCUUCCGACAUUCGUACUACGUGUCCAGCCUACGGCACAAAUUUCCCAAAUGGAGGAGAAUGUGCCUCUGGUGCUGACAUACUGAUACCUGUCCAGCUUACUGAAGUGUGUUGUAUUUUUCUCGUUUCACAAUUUGGCUUCAGGUGUGCAAUGAUACAACUCAUGAUUUAUUUUUCUACGUCAUGCGCUAUUUUUUGAGUUUCAGAAAGAUAAUUUUCUGCAGCACUUUGGGCUCAAUUCACUAGUUAGCCAGCUCGUUAACUCGCCAGCUUUCAGUUUUCCUUGCUGCACCGAAUACCUCGUCACGCAACUUAUCUUGCUGUUGAUCGGCCGCCAUUUUCUGUGAUGCUCAAGUACGAUUCGAGAGACCGUGGAAGAAACGGAAUCCCUUUUGUCCGCCUCGUACGAUGAGUACGAGUUCAACAAUGUUGCCCGGAGAGGGAUAUAUCUACCGCAUGCCUGUUGCAUACCCGACCUUUGCUCCACGAAGCGUAGUCACCGUCGAUCGACCCUUCCGGAAGCCGAAUUGAUUAUCCGAGAACCCAGAGUCAUCUGGUUUCGCGUUUUAGACCGUCAGCCUCGACAUAAUGAUUGGCAAAUAGGUCUGUAUGCCGAUGGGCCACUAGAUGUGUGUCCCGUGGUUCGACAGUAGAACCAGUCUUUGCCUUUUCCACCUCUCCGGCACAUUUGCAUAACGGUUCUGAACAUGUCAGGGCUAGCCUCGAUGGCUGCCUUGUUGGAUACUGUCGGGAUUCCGUCUUGACCCGGAGCUUUGUUCAACUUAAACGACUUCGCUAUGGCAAUGAGUUCGUCGUUCGUCACUGGUGUGACUUCGCUUUGGUCAUUUUGGCUAUAGUGGACGGAGUUCAUGGUCUUCUAUCGUGGCGGUGGAACAACGUUUCCGCGAUCUUCUGCAGUAUCUCGGGAGAGCGUUCUGGGGGUGCUGACGCGCCUUUCGUUUUGGCCAAGACUACUCUGUAGGCAUCACCCCAUGAGGUUGUGCUGGCAGUUGGCUGGCAGAGAUUUUCAAAGCGCGCCCGCUUACGUGCCCAAAUCUCUUUGUUCAGUGCCAGUUUAGCCGGCCUGUAGACCUCACUUCGCUCCAUUCUACCCUCAUCGGUGCGAGCUCUUCGCAUCCUCCUUUUAGCUCUUAAUUAGGAUGUGUAAAGUUCUGCGAUUUCUGGACACCACCAGUAUACCGGUUUGCAUCCUUUUCUAGGUAGGAUCGCCUUGGCAUUGCGGCGUCACAUGCACGGUUUCGGGUUCCGACUAGAUCAUCGCUGGGUAGAUCAUCGGUGGUGUACUCCAUAAGCAAUCGCUCCACAAAUGCUGGCUUAUAGAAGCGCGAGGUCAGCCAUGCCUACAGAGCUUGCUCGCACUUCCUACAGAGCUUGCUCCGAUCGGGGCCUUGCACGCCCACGACUAAGGUGCCAGCCAGAGUGGACGCGUCACGCGGCGCGGAGCGGUGCAAUGCGGCAUUUGACAGGUCGCGCGUCGACGCGCGGCAGAACUCCGUUCAUUAGAAUACAGGGAAAACAAUCAUAACAUGCCAGAGUGCGCGCGGAACGAUGCGAAGCGGAAAGCGUUUAGCCGCGCGACGCACGACAAAACAGUGCAUGCACUGUUUUUGAUGCGGAAGUCACGCGGUUCGCGCGGAGAAUUUUGUAUUUUUGUGUGAAUUUCGUUCGUUUUUAUCAAAUCAUGGCGCUAAUUUCACGAAAUUGUUUUUCAAAUGCAUUCAAAUGUGAAUGUAAAAAAUAUUAACAUGAAUAAUACCACAUGUUUAUUAUCCGGUGGCGUCUCGUAACCUCACUUUUCACCUAU